GCAUUUCUUCCAUCGAUUCCCUUGGACUUACAAGAACUUAUAAUGCUUCCAUGAUGGACCUCUCCAUCAUAAAGAUUUUAAUCUGCCUUUGCCUCGGUAUUUACAAAGGUGUAAAAGCUUUCACAACUGUUUCGAACAGUAUGUUUACUGUAAAGGCUUUCUUCAGCAAAGAGGUGAUUACAGAUUACACAAUUAACAUCUCAAAUAGUACGUGGUUGGAAGCGGAGGGCACAUGUUUGUCGUGGAAUCAAACUCUGGUGGGCCAUGGCCUGAAGGACUCUUAUCUGUAUCUAAGGAUUCUGGCUCAUCGACUGACUGCAUGGCCUACAAAUACCCAUGUUUGGUUAAACAGAGUAAGAAAGGUGAAUUCCACUCUGUGGUUAAAUGAUUUGCAGUGUGGGACCAAUGGGUCCUUACCUUGGCCAGUACACGGGAAUAACAUCAGUAGCACUCAGUGUCUUGCACUGAACAUGACGUCUCCUACUAAUCUGGAGUACGUACUGUUUGCUGCUCCCUGUGAGAAAAAAAUGGGUUUUGUCUGUGACUCGUUACAAGGCUUUUAUUUUGAUUCUUUGGGAUAUGACCUCUUUUAUGCUACUCACGUUAUUGACCCCAUAAACCAUACAUGGAUGUACCAAGAUAUCCCUCAUGAAGCUUGUUUAGGCCAUUUGUUCCAGAAUUUCACUUGUUAUGCUGGGGAGUAUGAUGAGGAAAUCCGGGCUUGCACACUGUACUGUGCACCUUUGAUGUUGCCUCCUGAAACCAUUAAGUUGGAUACCGCGAGUAGUAAUGUUACAACGGCUGUGAAAUCUUCGUCACGUCUAACGAUAUCAAACUCUACAAAUUUCGUGAUGGGGAGUUUUCCAUUGUGUGAGACUACUACCACAAAUAUAAUCACUACGCUGGGCGUGACUAGUACAAGCCAAUCAUACACAGACGCCUCCACUGAAAUACCUGGAGAAACUGUAGUGACCGACAAUGGUGUAACGACUGCUACGUUUUCAACUCAUGUGGAAACUACUAGCGAACUUAAUCAGUUUUCUACAGAGGGAUCCUCUAGCAUGACGACUGGUUCAAGCUCAUUCCAUUCAGAAACUUUCAGUGCAUCGACAUCAGAUGGACUGGAAGAUGUUAGCUCUGUAUCAACUUUGGAAUAUAGUACUUCUUCGGCAGAUACAACCACGUCUACUUUGGAGCUUGGUACUACUUCGGCAGAUACAACCACAUCCACCUUGGGAUAUCCUACUACUUCGACAGAUACAACCACGUCUAUUUUGGAUAAUAGUACUACACCGGCAGAUACAACCACAUCCACCUUGGGAUAUCCUACUACUUCGACAGAUACAACCACGUCUACUUUGGAGCUUAGUACUACAAAGAUAGUUUCAACUACGCCAAAAGAGAUGUUCACUACAGAUAAAAGUACAACACUGUCAAUGACUAGUACGAAUACUAUAGAGCAUUCAACCACUAUGCCCUCUUUGACUGAUAUUAGAACUUCAACCGCUACCACGGAAGGGCCUAGGUCAUCUGCAAGUCCGGAAUACGUGACAAUAUUGUAUACGUCAACAUCAAAGACGUGUAACCCAUGUGUGUGCAACAACGACACUACAACCAAUAAAACACAGGAACAGAUUCAAGAAGAGAUUGCUCAAAUUAAGAAAAACCUGACCUUAGAAAAGUCGACACUCUCCUCGUACACUCGUCAAAAAAAUUCCGCACCUGAUAAACGCUGGUCGUCUGCUGCUCUUGGUUCAGUGGGAAUUGUAAUUAUCGUUGCUGCUGGCUCGGUUGUGGUACUAAGUGACACUCAGCACUUCAUAUGGGCAAUAAAAGUGUGGAAGAAAAGACUAACAAAAUAUAGAUUUUCAAGAAACCUCAAACCUUGAUGACUUCUGUUGGAUGCUCGAGGCCUUGUGGUGAUAGUGCUGUUUGAGAAGGAAAUAAAGUUCUUAUAUACGUGAUACAA